AUAACAUCCACCUAAAAUCGAUAUUGCCGGGCAUGCUGACGACGUUGCUUCGUCGUCGUGUAAGACGAUGGUGUCUGCUACCGCUCGUCGAGGGUCCGUGCGCGACCUAGAUUUCCCACGUCUGCGUCUGACAUAAUAACCCACCGCCCACGUUCUCCUCCGCCCGUGCUCUCCUCGUUGCUCCGAAAGCUUCAGUCCACUCCCUGGUAUUUUGUUUACGAUGGACAUGGAAUCUCAGCAACAGCUCAUGCAGCAGCCUAUGAUGGGUGACCAACAGCAGGAAGGCGCCAUGGACGAGGCCUACUACACAAGCACUGACGAUUCGACGCUGACGGGCGGGCUGCCCAUCAACUUGGAUUCCCUUCGAGACGGCCCGCCUGGCACGAAACCAUUCUACCCGUAUUCGACGCUCAUUCGCUAUGCCAUCAAAGGUUCACCCAAUCAAAAGCUUCUGCUCGAAGACAUUUACUAUGCUAUUGAGUCUCGGUUCCCCUAUUUUCGAACGGCACCGGCUGGGUGGAAGAAUUCUGUUCGCCACAACCUAUCCUUGAAUCCCUGUUUUGAGAAGCUUCCCCGUCCGCUCACCGACCGAGGCAAAGGCUCCUAUUGGGUGGUAAAUGACAGUGUCGACCCCCGGACAGGUGUGCAUCGUGUUCGCAAGAAGAAGACGAAGGGAGCGAAGGCAGGGAGCGGAAACAAGUCAGAUGGCGGUGACGGAGACUACCAGCCACCUUCAGGCUUCGAAGAUCCGAAUGCAUAUGGUACCCCUCCUAUGCCAGGGCCCGACAAUGAUGGCAGUCCCAACAGGGUUCCACCAGCGCCCUUUCCACCGUACCCUGCCCCUUUUGAUCCCAAUUUCCCUAUGAUGGCUGGCAUGCGAUUUCCUAUGCCUAUGCCUAUCUCACCAGACGAGGGUCUUGAGAUGGAUGAGCAUGGUAACAUCAAUUGGCAUCAUGCUUGGUUGAAGGAGAUCGGUCACCUACAGCAAGUUACACAAGAGCAAGAGAAAGCUGGGGCUGACCAGGAAUGGUUCCGGAUGAUGCUCUUCAAGGUUCGGUCCGCGCUGAUGCCUCCCAUGCCUUUGGGGCCGGAUGGAACGCUUCAAAUGCCUCCCCACAUGAUCCCGGCUCAUGCUCCGGAGGACCAAAGUCAGAUUCAGGUAGCGCAACAGGUGCAGUAGGAAGGGAAAGCUCUUCAUUAACAUUUAUUCGUGUUCUCUGUCGCUGUGGAUAUGCUUUCUUUUUUUUUUUUCGCUAUUGUACGCCUAAUUGUUGCGGUUUCUAUGGUACUAUGGAUAGUGGAUUUUAUUGAACUCAAUCGGUAGAGAGACUGAAAUGCCAUGAUUGUGAAGGACUGAC